AUGAGUGAUGACAACGCUCCCGAGUUCGACUCGCAUGGCCACCUGAUUUCGCCUUUCUACGGCUACUGGCCGACGGAAUGGAUCUGCAUGAUGUUCACCAUCCUCUUUACUAUUUCUACCCUCCUUCACUUCGGACAGGCCAUUCACUAUCGGACUCGAUGGCUCAUCUACACUGCGGUGCUCGCCGGUGUCGGGGAGAUGACCGGCUGGGGCAGCCGGUUGUGGUCAAGCCACCAACCCCUCGCGCAGACCCCAUUCGUGAUCCAGAUCAUCUGCACGAUCUGUGCCGCGACGCCGCUCGUCGGCGCGCUCUUCAUCUCCUUCGGACAGCUGGUCACCGCCGCAGGCGAGCAGUACAGUCGCCUCAGCCCCCGCCUUUACAGCCGCAUCUUCCUGACAGCGGACUCCAUCGCGCUGUUCCUUCAGUUUGCUGGCGGGUCGAUAGCCGACAACGAUUCGGAGCUUGUCAGCAAGAUCGGCACCUAUGUCAUGCUCGGCGCCAUCGCCUUCCAGCUCGUGUUACUCAUCAUCUUCGCGAUCUUCGCGGCGGAGUACCUCUGGCGCCGCUCGAACGACCGGCCCAUCCGUCGCGCACCCGCCUACGAGGACGCAGCCUCGCACGGGCCGAUGGAGACGCCGCUCAAGCACCUCGCGACGGGCAUCUGCCUCAUGACUCUCUUCCUCUUCAUUCGGUCAGUCCACGACACCUCGCCCGACCCUCCCUCUGACGCGAAGCGUUUCCACAGCGGCGUGUACCGGACCGUCGAGCUCGCCGACGGCUUCAACGGCAGGAUCAUCCACACGCAGGUCUACUUCAACGUCCUCGACGGCGCGAUGGUCACCCUCGCGAUGUACACGCUCAACGUCUUCCACACCGGCCGCCUGCUCCGCGCCGCCGCGCCGCAGUGGACGGCCGACAAGCUCCCGCUGCGCACCGUGCGCUCGGCGGCCGAGGACGGCGGUCCCGCGGUGUAG